CAGAAUUGGGAAAGGAGGAAAGAGAUAGAAGAGGCGCUGAAAAGUUGAAGAAGAAGAAGAAGAAGAAGAAAAACACACACAGGAAAGAGUGUUAUGAUCCAUGGAUCCAGUACUCCAAACUCUGCAAUUUUGGCCACUGGGGAUUUUUGUUCUUGUUCUUGCUGCGAUUUUACCCAGGCUUUUCAAUACUCAAAAGAAGAAAUCGCCCAAUAAUCUCCCCCCAGCCAUACCAGGGUUACCGGUUCUGGGAAAUUUGCUGCAGUUGAAAGAGAAAAAGCCCCACAAGACAUUCCUGAACUGGGUUGAUAAAUAUGGACCUAUCUAUUCAAUCAAGACUGGAGCUAACGCCAUUGUUGUUCUCAACUCCACUGAGCUUGCAAAAGAGGCCAUGGUAAACAAGCACCCUUCCAUCACAACAAGAAAGCUCACGAGUGCACUAAAUCUGCUCACUCAUCGCAAAACCAUGGUUGCGAUGAGUGAUUAUGGAGACUUUCAUAAGACAGUAAAGCGGCACAUGGUGACUGGCGUUUUGGGAGCAAAUGCUCAGAAACAACAUCGCAUCCAUAGAGACGUGUUGAUCGAAAAUGUUUGUAAUGAACUGCAUGAUGAGCUCAAGAAACGCCCUCAGGAAGCAGUGAACCUUAGGAGAUAUUUUCAGUCUGAACUCUUCAGAUUGGCACUGAAACAAGGGAUUGGGAAGGAUUUAGACUCUGUAUAUGUUGAGGAGUUUGGAUCUGCAGUGUCAAGAGAUAUGAUGUUCAAGUUUCUAGUCGCCGAUUGCAUGGAGGGUGCAAUCGAGGUCGACUGGAGAGAUUUCUUCCCUUACCUCAAAUGGGCUCCUAAUGGAAGGUUUGAGAAGAAAGUCCUGGAUAUACAGUUUCGCAGAGAUGCAGUAAUGAAGGCUCUCAUUAAGGAACAGAAAAAACGUGUGGAGUCCGGAGAGGAAAUAAACUGCUUUCUUGACUACUUGCUGUCGGAAGGAAAGACACUAACUGAGGAACAAAUUCAAAUGAUUGUGUGGGAGGAAAUUAUUGAAGCGUCGGACACCACUGUGGUCACCACAGAAUGGGCUAUGUAUGAAAUAGCCAAAGACCUCGAACGACAGAACAAACUACUUCAUGAGAUUCGCGUGGUUUGUGGGCCGAAUAAAGUAACAGAAGACCAUAUCCGCCAGCUUCCUUACCUUUCUGCCAUAUUCCAUGAAACAUUGAGGAAACAUGGCCCUGUUCCUAUCGUCCCUCUUCGAUACGUGCACGAGGAUGUACAACUCGGAGGUUACCAUGUACCCGCGGGAACUGAGAUUGCUGUAAACAUUCAUGCAUGCAACAUGGAGAAGGCACUAUGGGAUAGCCCUGCAGAGUGGAGGCCAGAGAGAUUUCUUGAAGGAGGGUACGAACAGAACGAUCUGUUCAAGACAAUGUCGUUUGGGGCAGGUAAGAGGGCGUGCGCCGGUGCUCUGCAGGCCAUGGUGAUUUCGUGCUUGACUGUCGGGAGAUUGGUUCAAGAAUUCGAAUGGAAGAUCAAAGAUGGAGAAGAAGAAAACGUUGCUACUUCCGGUCUUACGGCUUACAAGCUUUGUCCACUGCUAGCAAACAUUAAGCCAAGAAAUUGAGGUUGAAGAUUGGCAAAAAACAACUUAUAAUGUUGCUUUUUUGUUCAGGAAAAUGUUCAAAUAUGUUGUAAUGAUUGAAGCUUGGAUGAUGCUCUAUGAAAUAAAAUGUACUCCCUACGAUCAAAAAUAUCUUCCCGUUGCGCGUUAUGAUGUUUGACUAAAGUUAUUUUUGAAUCAUUUUAUAUAAAAAAUUGUGUGAAAUUAAAAAAAAAUAAAAAGCUAAAGAUUUA